GCCACCCAAGGCCUCCUUCUCAGCCACGAGUUUUCCAAGGACUGAUAUCACCCGGGCUUCUUGGAGCAAGUCUCAGAGGAGAGACCUGUGGCAGCCAAGAGGGGUAACCGGGCAGAAUGGCAGAACAUUCGUUUCAGUGCCUGCGGCAGUGAGGGUGAGGAGUUCCCGGAUGCCUUCAUCUCUGUAUUUUCAGGGCCUCCCUCUGUGGCACACUGUCCUCCGCUCUGGGAAAGAUGGUGGGUUCCCUGGACUUCUCUCUGCCCAGAGAUCUCUUCUCAAUCCUGCUUCUCCAGGUGUCCAUGUGGGGCUCAGAUUCAUUCACGGUCCUCGCUCCCUCAGAGCCCAUUGUGGCCCUGCUGGGCGCAGACACGGCGCUGCCCUGCCGCGUAGCCCCGGCCAUGAGCGCUGAGGACAUGGAGCUGCGGUGGUUCCGCUCGCGGUUCGCAGAUGCUGUGUACGCGUAUGAGGACCGAGUGGAGCAGACGGAGCAGCAGCUGGUGGACUUCCGAGGGAGGGCCGAGCUGGUGAAAGAUCACAUCACGGAGGGAAGAGUGGCUGUGAGAAUCCACAGUGUUAGGGUCUCGGACAAUGGGAUGUACACCUGUUUUUUUAAAAAAGGAAAUGAUUUUGAAGAAGCGAUUUUGGAGCUAAAGGUGAUCGGUCUGGGCUCUGGUCCUAAUGUUUUCAUGGUGGGUCCAGAAGAUGGAGGAAUAAGACUGAAGUGCACAGGCAAGAGAUGGUUCCCCCAGCCUGAGGUCCAAUGGAAAGAUGUGACGGGAGAGAAGAUACCUUCUCUCUCUGAGGACAAGACCCAAGACGAUGAUGGGCUGUUUCAAAUUGAGGCAUCCCUCGUUGUGAGGGACAGCUCAUGGAGAGAGGUGUCCUGCACCAUGAAGAACCCCUUCUUUGGACAAGAGCAGGUGGAAACCAUUUUUAUCCCAGAGCCCUUCUUCCCUAGGACCUCUCCUUGGAAAGUAGCAUUCGCUGUGACUUUCCUCAUACUUGGGAUUUUCAUCGGUGCUGUUGUAUUUUUGACCUGGAAAGAGCAACAGGAAAGGAAGAGAGUACAGGAAGCCCAGGAGGAAAAAGAAAAAGAAAGCCAAGCCAAAGAAUCAUUCAAGAAAGAGCUUGGAUGUUAUUGCUUUUCAGACAGAAGGAAGGAAUUAUAUCACCAAGACUGGAGAAAAGCUGGGUUAUAUGCUGACUGGAGAAAGGAACAUUUCAAAGCGGUGGCUGUUACUCUGGAUCCAGACACAGCUCAUACCAAACUCAUCUUAUCUGAGGAUAGAACACAUGUUUCUUCAAAAGAAAAUGUUUCUCAGAACCAUGAUGGCCCCACACAGCAGGAGCAAGAGGGCACCUUCAGUGUUCUGGGCCAGAAUUGCUUUACCACAGGGAGACAUUACUGGGAGGCAGAAGUAAAAGUGGGAACAGAAGGUGGACCUGGAACCAGAUGGGCGCUAGGUGUCUGCUCAGAUACAGUGAAGAGAGAGGGGUGGUUUGUAGAAAGUCCAGAAAAGAAUUUCUGGGUGGUGGCAUACAAGGAAGGGGAAAUCAGGGUUCUCACUUCCCAGUCAGAGCCUCUGUCACUGAGGCAGUGCCCCCACAAGAUAGGAGUGUUCCUGGACUGGGAGACUGGGGAUGUGUCCUUUUACAACAUGGCUGAUGGAUCUCACAUCUAUUCCUUCACUAGAAUCCAAUUCUGUGGGAUCCUCCGUCCUUACUUUAGCCUUCAGGGUCCUGGCACAUCUGUGGCCAUCUGCACAGCCUCAGAUCACACUGAAAAUUGUCCUGAUUCUUCUCUAAAGACCUCUGUGACUCAAUCAAGGAGUUCUGAUGUGGGCGUCCCCCAAGAAGCUAACUCUCUGUUACCUCCAUAAGAAGUGAAGUGUCAGUGCCUUAGGUAUCUCUGAGCUGCCUCUCCUCAAAGCUCUUAUGGGUGAGAAAGCUGUUUCUGUGUGGAGAGUAGCCCGUUUUCAGUAGGUUAACAUUUCAGCCCCUUUCAAAGAGGGGGAAGCAGAGAGAGGAAUGGGGCAACUGGAAAAUCGUUGGGAGAAUUUCCUCUGAUGUUACCUUUGGGACAAUGUGGUCUCUAUGAGCAGUAACCAUUUGUCACAAGAAAACUGCAAACAAAUGCAUGGUAUCUCUUCUGUUCCAUUGCUCAGUGUGUGUUGAAAUAAAUACUAUACAAUGGAAUACUAUGCAGCUGUAAAAAAAGAAAGAACUCUUACCAUUUGCAACAGCAUAGACAGACCUAGAGAGCAUUAUGCUUAUCAAAAUAAGGCAGUCAGAGAAAGAUAAGUAUCACAUGAUCUCACUCAUAUGUGGAUUCUAAUGAAAAACAAACUGAUGAAGAAAAAUAGACCCAGAGACAUAGAAACAUCGAACAGACUUUCAAAGCUCAGAUGGAAGGCAGGGGAGGGGGGAAGGGGGAAGAGAUCAACCAAUGAACUCAUGCGUACAUGCAUAACCCCUAGACACAGACAGUGGGUGG